AUGUCCCCUUAUGCGGUGCAUUCGCAGCCUCGAGACUCCCUAGAGCUUGCGUCGCUGGCGAGCUCGAGCAUGAUAGAUGGCGGUGCGGCAUCAGAGGUGUCGUCCAGGCCGAGCAUCUCGUCCUCACGGAGGCUGUCGCUGGUGGAGGCAGAGGAUCCCCUCGACGACGGCAACGACGCCGGAAGAGUAGGGCGGUCGUAUUCGGUAUCUUCGACAUUUGACUUUGCUGCGAAUUUGUUUCCCUUGAGCUCGACCGCCGGGGCGGGAGCGUACGCGCCAAUUGGGGCCCCGACUUCUGGUGCGCGGUCCGGCGGCGCGCUGGGAGGAGCCUCGCUGGAGAAGCACAAGACGUUGACUUACCUGAACGGGCUGUCGCUCAUCAUUGGCCUCAUCAUUGGAUCGGGGAUAUUCUCGUCGCCGAGUCAAAUCAGCUCCAAGGUCGGCUCGCCCGGGGCUGCGAUAGUGGUCUGGGUGGUUGCCGGGGUUCUGGCCUGGACCGGCGCGGCGUCGUAUGCCGAGCUGGGCGGCGCAAUACCGCUGAAUGGCGGCGCGCAGGUCUACCUCGCAAAGACGUUUGGCGAGCUGGCUGGGUUCUUGUUCACCUGGACCGCCGUGUUGGUGCUGAAGCCUGGAAGCGCUGCCAUCAUCGCCAUCAUCAUGGGGGAGUACUUUGUGCGGGCUGUCGUCGGCGCCGACGCACAAGCUGUCAACCCGUGGUUCAGCAAGUCGGUGGCGCUGCUGGCAAUCUUGGCAGUCACUUGCUUCAACUGCAUUUCUACGCGGAUGGGCACGCGCAUCAACGACGUGCUCAUGUUCUUGAAGUUUGUGGCAUUGCUAUUCGUUACAGUGGUCGGUGUUGUGGUUGCCGUGAAGGGAUAUACGUUCAACGGCGAGGAGGACACGGCCUGGAAGCCACGGGACUGGUUCAACAAUACCUCAUUUGACCUGUCGGACUGGGCUAUUGCAUUGUACGGAGGCCUGUGGGCGUACGACGGGUGGGACAACACGAACUAUGUUGUUGGCGAGUUCCGAAAUCCUCGCCGGGAUCUCCCGCGAGUCAUCCACUCGGCCAUGCCACUGGUCAUUGUGAGCUACGUGCUUGCCAAUGUGGCCUACUUUCUCGUGCUGCCCGUCGAGCAGGUCAACGGUUCCAACACCGUGGCGGUCAUGUUCGGAUCCCAGGUGUUUGGAUCCGUCGGUGCCAUGGUCGUCGCCCUGAUGGUCAGCGCAAGCUGUCUCGGCGCCCUCAACUCUUCCACCUUUACCGCAGGUCGGCUGGUCUACGUUGCGGGCAAGGAGGGCUACAUCCCGAGUCUGUUUGGCAAAAUCGGCAUGCACAUGCGGGGGGACCACAGCUUGUCGACCCAGCGGACCCGAAACUGCUUCUCCAAAAAGAUGCACGGCCUCGUUGGAGACGGCGAGAUGGGCCUCUUCUUCACGCCCAUCUACGCCCUACUCCUCAACGGCUUCAUCACCGCCGGAUACUGCGUCGUCGGCGAGUUCCCCACGCUCGUCACCUUUUACGGCGUGGCCGGAUACACGUUUUACUUUUGCACGGUCCUCGGCCUCGUCAUCCUCCGCGUCCGAGAGCCGGGACUCGAGCGCCCAUACAAGACGUGGAUCACGACGCCCAUCAUAUUCUGCUGCGUCAGUCUCUUCCUCCUCAGCAGGGCCGUCUUUGCGCGGCCGGUCCAAACUCUGGCCGUGGUCGGCUUUGUCGUGGCAGGCGUCCCCGUGUAUUUUUGGCGCGUCCGGGGCAGGGGCACGCCUCGGAAACAGGGCAGCGAUCAAGGGCACCGGCCGUGGUGGCGGUUCUGGAAAGUGAAGAGCUGA